AUGGUGCGUAAAGGCUUUCGAACAGCAACAUACACGUGUUCGAUGUUUGCCUACGCUCUGGCAACGGAAGGUGUCAUCGUUCUGUUUUCUGGGCAGCGAAGCGAUCCAAUCGCCCGCGUUUGCUGCUCGACAACCAUCGCAGCCGCUCUCACCCGUUACGGUUACCUCCGCCUCGAGUGCGCCCUCUUUUCGCCCUGCGGAGUUUCGGGUCUGACUGCGCUAUUUGAUUAA